UCUUAGCAAUAUCGGCGUCACAGCAGCACAUGGAGGAAGUGCAGCCACCGGUUUCUGAGAAGAGCCGAGGGCUGCAGCCCUGGUGCAGCACAGGGGGACGGGGCAGUUCCUCCUGCAGUCUUGCCCACUGUGUUGCGUCAGGCAGCCAUGUGCACCAUAUAGUUCUCCCUGACGGUCCGAGGGGUCCUACACAGGCUCAGAGACUGUGCUCAGAGACGGGGCCUGUGGUCCAGUGGGCUCCUUAACGAGGGCUGGGUUUUUAUUAACAACCCCCCCCACGCAGCACCACUCGCUUGUCAGCCGGAGGAUUUUUCAAGAAACUCAGGAGGAAGUAGUGAAUGACGCCAUUUGUGUUUCUUCGAAAAGCCUCGCUUUCAUGCCGUCCGCGUCGUCUCAGUCUGUGCAGCAAGAAGGGGCUGUUUUCUCCCCCCCCCACCAGACCCCCCCAUCAGAGGUUGACAGCCCUGGUUUCGCAAGAGGAAGAUGUCAGCAUUCGUUCAGUCUUGAGCGCUUCCUUCCUGUCUCUCUCUCUCUCACUCCCUCGGUGUGAGCUGUUUGGUGCGGGCUCGUUCUGCUGCACAGUGCGUGCAGGCCAUCUCUCUCUCUCUCGCUCUCUCUCUCUCGUCGGGCACCUCACUUCCUCCGCAGCGCGGCGACGCCAGAGCUCAGGGCGUAGCAGCGAAGCCGCGGGAGCCAUUUUCUUGGGGCCCUCUCCAUCCAGCAUGCCGAGCAGGAGGUAACCGGGCAGGAGGACGCGGUCGGCCCAGGCUCGCUCGUUGCCCGUUUUUCGGCUUCUCCUUCUUCUUCUUCUUCAAGGGACUCGGAUUCGGAGCGGAAUAUCUCGCUACGUGAGGGGAGCAACAUGAGUUUCGACCAGCUCCCUAGCCGGACUGAAGUCCUGGGCUGGAACGCCAACAAGCUGGCAGAGUACCUCAAGUCGAUGGACUUGAAGGACUGUGACAGAGUGGUCAAGAAGCACAGUAUAAAUGGCCCCAGAUUCUUGGACAUGUCAGAGAACGACCUGCAGAAGUUCCCCAAGCUGCAUGCGCCGAUGAUCAGCCGACUGUGUCAUGACAUCAACAAGAAGGAGGAGAAGAGGGGUCUUUUCCACAAGAAGCAGGCACCUCUCAGGAUCAAAGAACAAGUAGAAUUCCCUCAGGACAAUGAUCAAGGCUGGGACUCAGAGGAGUUUGAGGACAGUGAUGACUACGAGAGUCCGGACGCAGAGGAUGAUGUUGGUAGUGGGGGUGAUUAUGAAUCCCCAACAGAGGGAGGGCCCGAGGGGGGGGAGAGUGACAACGACUAUGAACCCCCUCCCUCUGAGCCCCCUGAUGAUCAGCCUAACAAGAUCUUCCCAGCCAAGCCCAUUAAUAACAACUCUGUCUACAUAGAUAACCAGUCUCGUGGCACAUCAAUGAAGACACUCCCAAGUCAACCGCCUGCCCCCCCACAGCGUCCUGGCCCAACCUUGCCUGGGUUCAACAACCGUACUGUGAGUCCCUAUACUCCUCUCUCUCCGUCAGGCCAUGCUGCCCCCUCGGUUGACCGCAGUAAGAAGCCCACGACUCUGGAGAGGGGCCUGCCCGGGCUGCCAGGGAUCCCUGGCGCUAGCAAAGAGUCCCCCAUCCAAGCAAGAAAACAAGACAGGACUAUAACGCCGCCCCGAAGACCCCCGGCAGCAGAGAAGCCCCCUGACACCCAGAGGCAGGCCAAACCCCCCCUCCCUGUCGAAAGGAAUGGACCUUCGGGACCCUCCCUGAGCCGACGUCCUAUGGCUCCCAGACCCACUGGACUGGACCAGAGAGAAGAUACACUGGAUGACACUCCAAUUCUGAGGCCACCCCUGCCGCAGCCUGGAGGGGGCGCUGCUUCCAACUCCAACACCUUCCCAAUGCAGAGGGGUCCUCGUAUGCCCAGACCCCCAGUCUCUGACGGGCCUGAGAACUGCUUGGCUCAGCAAAACAAGAUGAGCAUGGGAAAUCCCACACUGCUCUCCUGCAGGCUAAACCCCACCGGCUCUCUUCCCUCCAGGCUACAGACAGCUGUGAAUAUCCACCGGUCUCACUCCCGGGGCACCGCUGACAUCAGACCGCCCCUGCCCCCUCCCCAGCCCCAGAGACCCCCCGUGACCUCGGAGCCCGCGAUGGAUGACGAGCAGGACCUGGACCCCCAGUGGUACGUGGCUCAGAUUACCCGGCAAGAGGCAGAGGCCUGUCUGAGGAGAGUCAACCAGGACGGCACGUACCUAGUGCGGGACAGCUCAAAGCGCUCCCCCUCUCAGCCCUAUGUGCUCAUGGUCCUGUACCAGAACAAGGUCUUCAACAUCCAGAUCCGCUACCAUCGCGAGGCGGACGUCUUCCUCCUGGGCACUGGACUGAAGGGCAAGGAGAACUUCACAUCAGUGAGCGAGAUCAUCCAGCACCACCAGCAGACCCCUCUGCUCCUGAUCGACGGGAAAGACCGCGGCUCGGGGCACCAGAGACAGUGCCUGCUGACAUACCCGGCUGGGUACUGAUCCGCUGGCCGCCCCAGGAGCAUGCUGGCGUCGGGACACAUCACACUUGUGCUGCUCCGUGCUCACCAUCAUCUCAAAGCCCUGCAGUGACACUGCGUGAUUCGCUGUAGCAGAGGAACGGUUCGACACGAGGAUGCCGUAGUGUUUCACACGUUACAAACUCAAACAGAUUCUUAUGAGAUGCCUUAAUAUGUGCUUGAGUAGCAGGCUGCCGGGCUCUGUUCACUUCACCUGUCAGAUCCAUGUCUCCAGCACACAGCUAAUCCUGUCAGCACCAGUCCGCCUUUCUGUGCCGAGUGUGAAAACUGCGAAAGGGUGUUCAACAUGCGCUGUAAGAGCUUUUCUAGUGAAGUUAUAGUGUAUUCCCACUUUCCAAAUAAUCCUGUAUCCUGCCUUUUUUUUUAAUUUUAUUUAAUUCAUUUUACAAAAAAAUAAAAAUAACUGUGGUUUCACA